ACUGUCCUUCGCCAACAGCACGAGCGCAGAAGCCAUGAGCCACCUCGGACUGUUUGCCGUAGCAGCGGUAGUUCUUCUUUCGGUAGCUGUUCACAGCGAUGCAGCAAGCGUGGUGAAUCACCAUCAGUGGUCCGACAGCUUCAGAGGCACCUCUGGUGUCACUGAUGGAUCAAAGACGGUGGUGAAGCGGGAGGCAGACAGCAUUGGGACAGACGGUGGAAUGAUUGGUGGUGGUGCUGAGGCAGCCAAAGGUGGAAUUGACGCCGCCAAGAUCGCCAUGCAGACGCCCAUUGAGAUGGCCAAGACGGGCGCCGCAGGUGGCAUCCAGGCUGCCGAGAAAGUUCAGGGCUGAUGCCUUCUGGAGAGCAGAAAACAUUCUACUGCAUACCUGUCAUCUCUCCAAUCCACACUGAUGACACCAGAAACAACAUUCCAGGCCUUCAGGAGCAUCAUUGCACAUUUCAGUGGAGUCUUAUUUUUUUUUUUAUUUCUGACAUGAAAUGCAAUUUAUAACUGACAAGGAAAAAAUACAAGAUAAAGUUAAAAAGAAGUUCAUCAUGUAGUCAUUAUGCUAUAAGACAGAAGGAAGGCAAAUAAAACAUUGUGACAGAAUGAUAA